CAUGAUGCCAAUUUGCACAUAUUUUCCUUUAGCAUGGCUGACGGUUCGCAACCGAACUACGAUGACCAGGGAGAGAAUGGUGAAGAAAAAGUAAAAGUAAUAUGUUUAGGGGACAGUGCAGUUGGAAAAUCAAAGCUGGUGGAGCGUUUCCUCAUGGAUGGAUACCAACCUCAGCAGUUGUCCACAUAUGCUCUCACAUUAUUUAGGUAUAAAACAAAGGUUAACAAGAAAGAGGUAGCUGUUGAUUUUUGGGAUACGGCAGGCCAGGAGAGAUUUAGUAGUAUGCACCCCUCAUACUAUCAUCAAGCGCAUGCAUGUAUACUAGUAUUUGAUGUAACUAGAAAAAUCACUUAUAAAAAUUUACCAAAUUGGUUUAAAGAAUUGAGAGAUUAUAGACCUGAAAUACCUUGUCUAUGUGCUGCCAAUAAAAUAGAUGGUGAGUCUAUUGAAUAUUUGUAAAUGUACAUUAUAGAC